UGUGGCAGAAUAUCCUGUUGACACAUCAUGUACUGGAAAACCAAACACUGCAUUCUGCAGUCCAGUCACUGAUAUUAAAGAGGAUCUCCGCGGACUUUCAUCAAAUUUACAGAACCUCUGCAUUCAUGUCAGUCUUCAUAUGAAGUAUGUUGGUGUCUUGGCUCCAGGCUCAUUUUCACGCUUCUCUUCUCUGGAAUACCUUAAAAUUGAUGGAUGUUUUUCCAAGAUCUCUCCAGAAGCUUUUAUUGGAUUGUUUAAUUUAAAGUCAUUGAAGUUGUCUACCACCCUUAGAAAAAACUUUUGUGAAGUAGCUGUUGAUCUCAGUGGUCUUCCUUCACUUAAAACAUUGUCUCUUACACAGUAUAAUUUUUCAUUAAUGGCACCAAAUGUGUUUGAUACAAUUCCUCAGUUAGAGAAAUUAAGCAUAGUCGAUGGGUGUUUAAAAGAUCUGUCUGAGAUUCUGUGUCGAGUGGUAAAUUUAAAAUCACUAAAAGGGUUUUAUCUUGAUGAUCAAGAUUUAAAUAGUCUCCGGUUCCCAAACUGCUCCAUUUACAACAUCUCUAACAGUAACAUAUCUACUGUAUACAAUAUUGAAGACGUCUGUUUGAGUUUAGGAUCAAUUGAGCACAUAGAUGAAGGGGCUUUGAAAAUUUUUGGAAAUUUAUCUGAUCUGGAUUGUGAUUUCAGAUCAGAUUUUCUCAGAGAUCUUUCUAUGACUGGAGUAAAUCAAAUCAAUAGCUUGCAUACUUCUGUGGAUGCACUUAACAUUGAUGAGUUGUGUUACGCAGCAAAGUUAUAUUCUAUUAAAUCUAUAGAUGUUUUUUACCACACUAUUAACUUGCCAGCUAUGUCUACAAAUAUCUCUGAAGAUUGUAAGGAAAUUGUAGACAUUACUCUCACAAUAUUCAGAUUAUCUAAAUUUGUACCUUUAAACAUAGGUUUGAUCUUUCAGUUUUUUAGCAAUCUCUCAACAUUUGAUGUAAGUGAUCAUGUGCUCAGAUCAAAUGAUUUUAAAUCUCUUUGUUUGUCCAAUCCACAGUUAGUUGAACAGCUGUCUCUUAUGCGUCUAAACUCAAAUAACAUAAGUCAGAUCAUUUCUCACCAGUUCAUGUGUUUCACAAAUCUUGAGCAUUUGGGUUUAAUUUCAAGUAAUAUUUCCAUCAUAGAAGAUUUUGCUUUCAGUGGAUUAGACAAACUAAAGGAUUUAGACCUCUUUCAGAACAAGUUAUCUUACAUUUAUCAAGACACAUUCAGUGGUCUGUAUGAACUGAUGGUCCUAAAUCUUCAAGAAAACCCUAUCAUUCAAAUUAAAUCAAAUUCAUUUGGACAUCUUAUUAACCUUCGCACACUUCUUUUAGGAGAUUUAAAGUUUUCACCUAACAUGUCACAGGUCAAGCUGCAUUUAUCUGAUAUAUUCGGAAGCGUCCCGUAUAAUCUGAGUCAGGUGUCUAUUAGUUCAGGCUCGAGACCAUUGCGCUUGAUCAUUGGUAAUAUUACACUGAAUCAGAGUCUUGACCUCCAAAUCAAAGGUCAAUAUGUGACAGUUGAGGAUUGUGACAGUCCACUCUUGACAUCUGUAGUCACACUUCAAAUGAUUGCAGAAUAUGUCAUCUGUGGAAAGGAGUUUAUUGGGAAAUAUGUUAAAUCAGUUGUUCAUCUGAAAUUCACAUCAACGUUUUCAGACAACAUUGUUGACUUAGCAGUAAUAAAUCAGCUUGUUCAUUUAAAAACUCUAACGCUGGUAAACAUUGAUUAUUCAAAGCAGCCAAAUGUGCCAAUAAUGUUUCACAACUUGACAGAAUUACGAACCUUGGUCUUGGGGAACUGUAAAUUUUUUUUCAUGGAUGGAAGUCUAACAAAGGACCUAAAGGCGCUGACAUCUCUGGUGUUUAAUCCAUUGAAUGAUGUAAACAUUUUUCAAACCUUUGUUGAACGUCUUACUAAUUUAAAAUAUCUCCAACUUAUGGGGUUACGAUUGCACUGCAGUUGUGAUAAUGCUUGGCUGAUCUCAUGGAUGAACAACAGGCAGGUUCAGGUUUCUGUGGUUGGGCCCACCAUGGAGGAACUGCAGUGUUUAACUAAUAAUGGAGUUGACCAUCUGAACUUUGUUCAUUACACACAGGAGAACUGUUCAUUUGAUAUUGAAUUUGUGCUCUUCGCCUCAACUUCUGCUUUUUUAUAUUUGUUUAUGUUUAUAGCGUUGUCAUAUCAGUUUGUAAGGAAAUACAUAAUGCCGCUCUAUUACAUUGCCAGCGGAUGGUUCAGAGAAGCUCUGCAUAAGGAUGCCAAAAGGCAGUACCGCUACGAUGUUUUUAUUUCCUACAGCAGUAAGGAUGAGCGCUGGGUCAUGGAAAACCUUCUUCCUAACUUGGAGCAGCGUGGCCCUCCGUUCUUACGUGUCUGUUUACACGGUCGGGACUUUCAGUUGGGGAAAGACAUUGUUGAAAACAUCACAGACAGCAUCUAUGCAAGCCGCCGAACUCUUUGUCUUGUCAGCCGUAACUUCCUCCGUAGCACCUGGUGUAGUUUGGAGAUGCAGCUGGGCACCUACCGGCUCCAGGUAGAACAGAGGGACAUUCUUAUCCUGGUCUUCUUAGAAAAAAUCCCCUCUCACUUGCUAUCCUACCAUCACAGGUUGGCCCGGCAGGUAAAAACUAGGACCUAUCUGGACUGGCCAAUGGACAAUGAGAAGCAUGAGGAAUUCUGGGACAGGUUAUGGGGUAAAUUGAGCUCUGAUUAAAGUAACUAGACUUUACUGUACACUGUAUGCAUUGAUAGACACAUUUAACCCUCAUGCGCUCACAUGAACGUUUUUGUCCUUUUACAUUUUUUUAUUUUGGCUGUGUUAAUGCAAACUGCAUACAUUUUGCUGAAGGUCUGUAUAUUUAUCAUUCAUUUUGUAUAAAAAAAAUUUGUAUCUGUUGGCAAGGAUUCAAAAUAUAAAAAAUAUGAAAUUUAAAAUGUUUUAAAUGUGUACUGCCUUUCUUUUGAUGAUGCCGUUUUCAAUGUUUGAACUAAGGAGCAAAUAUUGUUUUACAUUAUGUGUGUUUGUAUGGAUGUCAGAGUGUGGUUUGCAUGUGUGCAGUUGCAGUUCAUCUUUGAGUCUCCCAAAUGUAACGUACGGUGGGGGGGGUCCACUGCACAUUUUUGAUUUUCUGAAUUAUGUGAAAUUGCUAAUAAUACAAAAUGAUAAUGUGGACACCAAGGUGAAUUGGUUUAGUCUUGACUUAUGGUUGUGAAUGACAGUGUUGGGGGAUGGGAAAUCGGUUGAUUACCGAGUGACAGAGAUGGACAGGAAAAUGUCAAAAUGUCAUCAGGUGCUUAACUUAGAAAAAAGAAAAGAAGAAGAGAAGAAACUAGCAAAACAUAAAGGUAUGCAACUAUGUUGUCUAUGUAUGGUUAUUAUAGUGUCUAUGUCAUGAAUGAAGGGCUAAUGUUAAUUAGUGGGUAUAACUUGGUAAAAAUUCGGUUUCAACCCAACAAAAACAAAAUCUGUUGAGGUUGGAGGUCAGGUUUUAGUUUGUGUUCCUUUUGGUGCUGUGUCACCAUAGUGACGCUUUG